GUGUCCAGAUUCACUCAUUUCGUUACAAUAUCUUUUUGACAGGAAGUUUGAUAAAGUCGUGCCGCUUCAUAUUGCGUUGAUAUCCGAUUCUUUAAUCCCACAAAGAUUUUACACACGCAAAGAAUUCUCGAUCUAUCAAUUCUGACCACCAUCAACUUCAUCCACCAUCAACUUCAUCCACCAUCAACUUCAUCCACCAUCAACUUCACCCACCAUCAACUUCAUCCACCAUCAACUUCACCCAAUAUCAACUUCACCCACCAGCAAAUUCAUCCACCAUCAACCACCAUCAACCACCAUCAACCACCAUCAACCACCAUCAACCACCAUCAACCACCAUCAACUUCAUCCACCAUCAACAUCUCUCAACAUCCAUCUCGAAUCAAAAUGGCCCAAAAACACGUCAUCGCAAAAUGGUUGGAGAGCCAUGUUAUCCAAUUGCUCUCUUGGGCUGAUAUUGCAAUCAAACAUGACAACAUCGAUUUUGACAAGACUAUAGUUUCCCACCUCAAACAAAAGUGCGAGGUAGAUUAUACUAUUCAACAAGUCUCUCGAAAGCUGCAAGGUUUACUGGAUAAAUGGGGCACCCGCGACAAAAACAGUACUCGAUCCAGAACCAUAAUAAAUAAAGGUUCCAUUUGCCUCAUUAAGCUUCCAGAUGCUUUGAGGAGCCAAGUCGCGUCUGCUUGUGAAGAAUUUGAAGUUGAGCUUGUCGCAAGCAAGCAACCGUCAAAAUCUACUGAUAAUGGCUUGAAGUUGAAAACACAUGGGCGUAAGAAUACUCAAGCUAAUACUCAAAAGCCAGCACCUGAAGUGCAGGGCGAGAAGAUUUCUGGUUCAAUUCGUCCCAAGACUCCUAUAAAGCUUAGGAAAAGAGAUGCUGGUUCGAUUCCAGAGGAAUCUCAAAAUGCUUCAAAAAGAAGAAAGCUCAAUGACGAUGCUACCUUUUCGCCUGAGCCACAGGGCAAGAAAACUCACAAUCCAAUUGCUCCCAAAGCACCUAUCAAGCGUAAGAUCAGAGACCCCGAUGUCGACACAGAGGUAUCUCAAUCUGCCUCUAAGAAAAGAAAAGUUAAUCCUGAUUCGACUUUUUCACCUGAUCCCCUCUCGCACACUCAUUAUCAAUCUUCUUACACCAUCGAAGAUAGCGAAGAUGAAAACGGACAAACCACCAGCGAUAAUUUUCAAGUUGCUGCUCGUGUUCAAUCGCCAACUUCUAUUCCUAAAGGAAAAAGACAAUCGCGAAGAUGUGAUAACUGUCGUCGAAAAAGGGUGGCAUGUAAUGGCGAUCGUCCUGCUUGCUCUACGUGUAGGAAGAAGGGCUUGCAAGUCAGUUGUUCAUAUAAAAACGCACCAGCAGUAUCCGAACCUCGUGAAAAACCUCUGGGCUUCAGUGAACCUGCUCACCAUGUUGACGACGAUACGGUAAACGAAGAAUCACGAUGUAUCUGCAAGAAUACUCAGGCAUAUACCGACUGGGUUCAGUGUAAAGACUGCAGUGUAUGGCAGCACUGCAUUUGUGUUGGAGUAGAAAUCGCAGAAGCAAAGAGCAUAGACUUCUUGUGCGAAGAAUGCAGCACCAAAGCCCCUUGUGAAAAGCCCAUUGACGGGGAGUUAUUGUCGAAAAGCAGCGAAGUGUGCGAGAAGUCAGGAAAUGGAUUACAAACUGACAGUGUGUUGCUUGGUUUGGCGAGAGAGGAAGUCUCACGUCUGCGAGAGAUUAUCGAAGAACAUAAUUUGGAGAUAAUCGAAUUAAAAGAGGACUGUGAGGUCGCAUCAAGGGAUGCACGGCAUCUAAGGUCAAACUUGUGGGCAUUGGGAAGAGAAUCUCCCGAGAAUGCUUUAGAUCAAAAAGAUCAAGAAAUUAAAGACUUGAGGGAGGAAUUGGAGAGUCGUAGGCUCUUGUCAAAGUUCACACAGCUCGGUGCCACAUCCGACGAAACCUUCGGCAUAGAUAAUGUUCAAGAUAUGGUCAUUGUAUUUGGUAUGAUUGAUCAACUACCGUUCGAAUAUAUUCCAGUAACUGUCCCUUCUGGGCUGGAUCAGUACCAGGAGCUCAAAAAGAUCAUUCUUGAUAGUUUUGGUCAGGACGAAGCACUUCAAAAACAAGCUGAAGACCUUGGGGCCAUUUUUUCAUCGAUGAAAACACUCUUUGUAUUGAAAGCUUUGACAGCAAGCUUCCUAAAAAUUUGGGUAUUCGAGUCCGAUUUUCCGCAACUCGACGGCUCAUCCUCCGACUAUUUAAAGAGCUUCCGAAAAAGACUUACUGCUGCAAAUGGACCUAUCGCAAUGAGAAAUCUUGAUUUGGCUGCUCGUCAUGAUAUGAUCUCGAGUGAGAAGUUCAAACACCGAUACAUCUACCCCGAAGCCGAGCGUCUAGCUAAAAAAUACUCUGAAAUUAUGGAACCACUAUUUGCCAAGAAUCCUGGUAGCGAGAUUAGCAAGAAUUGGAAUGGGUUCUUAACCUGGAAUGAUGAUAGGGAGACAUGGCAAGAUCGUCAAUCUCGACUCAUUGAUACGUUUCGGCGGGCCUUGAAAAGCAAAGCAGAUUCCACAUUGAACUUUAGGGACUAUGAGUUGGUUGCAUUUGCACCAGGCACAACAUAUGACCCUAAAUCCAUGUUCAACGAAGACGCUCUGUAUAGAAAACUUGCCGGAAAAAACAGCGAUUGGGAGGUCGAAUUCUGCGUUCAGCCAGCAAUUUUUGUACACGAAAAGGAGAACCCAAAUGAAUUCACUACCUCCCAAAGCUUCGUGCGCAAGAUUGUACGACAAGGAAUUGGUCUCACGCCAUCAGUUAAAGCUGAAGUGAUUUUACGGGCAAAGAAUGGUGGCUCUUAGGUUUAAUUUGAAAUUAUAAUGGCUCCAAAGUAGGUUGGUUGAAUGAGCAGCUCGCCAGGACUUAUCAUUUCACAAGGAUGAAAUGUGUACGAACAAUGUAUAGUAAGUAGUAUAGAUAUUAGGGAAAUAGUACCGCUGAGCUUCUCAGCUUCCGAGAAUAGAUGUCAAUGCAUAAAAGAAUAUAGCA